GUAUCAAUUGUCUAUUACACGACACUCCUCCCAUCAUACCGCAUCUACUGUUCUUCACCAUGCUGCUGUAACUAUACCGUUGAUGAUGCUCAUCUGAGACAGUGUCAUUCACUUGGGUCGCAUGGUGGAACAGAAGGGGUUACACGGCUUUGGCGGUUCACACGCCACACAACGCGCACGGGAAGGAUGAACAGCAACGGGCCACCGCAACUGACGCCUGCUCAGUGGGCCAGUUAUGGCGAGAGCAAGCGACUCGCCUUGUACAUCUCCAUGGGAGUCUUCCUCGUCCUGGGUAACAGCACCUUUGUCGCGCGCAUCUAUUGUCAGCUUGAACGACUCCAUGUCCUGUUGCUGGAAGAUGCCUUCCUCGCCUUCGCCUUGAUCUUGGCUAAUGUUGGCAUCGUUCUCAACAUUCUAGCCACGACCAAAGGUCUUGGUCUACACGAUUACCGAGUCAUUGCUGAAGAUGAUUCUGCCAUCCGUGGGGAAAGUCUGGUACGGAUAUAUGAGUUGAUCUAUGUUUCGAACAACCUCCAAGCGGCCUGCCUCGCGAGUGUCAAGAUUGCACUGCUAUUCUUGUACCGUCGCAUCUUUAUCGUCAACCAAAAAUGGCUGAAGGUGACAUGGUGGGGAAACCUGCUGUUUGUCAUCGCUCUUUUUUUGAUCGCCAUAUUUUUCAACAUAUUCCAAUGCUCUCCGAUCAACUGGUACUGGAUGCGAAUGUACAUUCUCGCAGGAUCCCCGGUGCCAAACGAAGACUUGGGCUACUGCUCCCCAGCCUCGAGGAGUGUCAUAUACGCCACGCUUUCUCUUAAUAUUGUUUCGGAUGUCGCGUUGCUGCUUCUGCCUGCGAUCAGCAUAGCCACGCUUCAGAUCACGAUGGGAAACAAGAUCGGUCUUGCCGUCGUCUUUGGGUUCGGCAUCAUGUGAGUCGAGCCGCUUGCCAUCCCUGAACCUUGAGGCGAUCGCAUACUGACAAUCAUCCACUGCAGUGCCAGUGUUGUAUCUCUUGGCCGCCUAGUAUCC